AUUUCCGUUAGCAUGCGACUGCUAACAGCUACCAGCUAACUGGCUAACCGCUAGCCGCUCCGGUUUUCCGCUUCAUUCGUAGCCCACCAUGGCUGGAGGAGACUGGCGAGGCUUUGCGCUGGAAGAAGCCGAGUUCCUUUCCGGCCGCCUGAAGGACCUGCUGUCCUCCGGGCAAGCAUACGUCGGAAGCCACCUGGGCUUGGACUUGGGUAUGAAGCCCGAGCUGUUCCCGACCUGGCUCAUUCUGACCACGGCCACCGUUAGCGCGCUGCUCUUGCUUGCCGUCACCUGGGCCGCCGUGUGCGGCGGCGGUGGCAGGAGGAGGAAGCGAAGCAUCCUGGUGGUCACUCCCAGUGGCCGUGGCGAUGGGCAUCCCGUCGCCAAGACCACGGUGACCAAGAUGGUUAAAUUGGAAGAGACGAAGAAAAGACACUCCAAGAAAGGGGGGGAGAAGAAACUUCAACCCAACGGACAGCCUGCUGCUGCUGCUGUGCUAGUACAACAGGAAGUCAAAGCCCCGAGGCUUCAUCCGGAUGUGCUUCGCAAGCUGCACCUGCCUUCCAUCAAAACACGGAAGGCGCCCAAUGCGCAGCUGCCCGCACAAGUGAAAAAAGACCAGAAGAAAAGGAAGACGAGUGUAAAACUGGCGCAGCAAGUGAUUGCGCACGACGGGAAAGAAACUGACGAAGGCGCGUGGGAGACCAAAGUGAGUAACCGCGAGAAGAAGCAGCAGCGGCGAAAGGAAAAGGGUGCAGAGCCCUUGAGUGGCUCAGAGGUGACGCACCCUGCCAAAGGCCAUGUGGACUCCACCAGCAAUGUGAAGAAGAAGAAAAACAGAGCAGCUAAUGAGUUUCAAAACUCCAAAUCAGCCGCCAAAGGAGGCAACGGUGUCAACGGCGGAAGCCGGACUGACUUUUCCGCCAAGGUCCCACCAACCCAAACGGGCUUCACCGAGACGAGCAAGUGGGGUGCCCCCUACUGCACCCGAACCGAACCCCGGUCCUGGGCCCAGGAGUCACAAGGCGCCAACAUGAAAUCGGAUCUGGACCCAGCGUCUUUGUCCGUGCUACGACUGAACGCGGCCGCAGAGCCACUGUCUAAGUGCAUGGAGCCGCAAUUGAUGCAUCACGCCGAUGACGAAUGGGCGGGAAUGAAGGGCGAGGACGCCGGCACCGACUGGAACGCCCCCGUCGAGCACUGGGGCAAUUAUGAGGAGCCCCCUGUGGCGAGGGAGCGGACUCCUGCCAACAAGGCGUCGGCAGGCGAGAAGGAGAGCGAGGAUCCGGCAGGGGGUGCCGGAAAGCCCAAGAAGAAGAGGAAAAAGAAGACGAGCGAAGAAGCGGCUCAGGCGGUAAUCAUGGCACCCAAACCUGAAGAUCUUUCCAUCGCUACCUCCAAAAAGCCGAUCAUAUCAUCUUGGAAGGGACCCGAGCAAAAGGCAGCGGCGGCAACAGCAAACAAAGACAAGAAAAAGGAUGGAGAACAAAAUCUGUCUUUGGGACCUCAAGUGACCCCUUUUUCAUUCCUUCAGCUUGCUCGACAUGUGCAAUGGGAAAUGUUUGACCUCUUGCAAGGAGGGAAAAAAGAAGACAUUUCCUCUGUGAUGCACCGGCCAGAGCGGAUGUUCCUGCUGCCGGAGGGGAAUUGGACAUCAAGCUCGCUGACCUUUUCAAGUGUUUGCUGUUUGAGCUGCGGAUGGAAAGCAAUCAAAGGAUUUUGGAGCAAACACACCAAAACAAAACUAGACAAAAUGGACGCUCAUGAAACUGAGCCUGUCAUGGGUCCGGCGCGGCGGUGCUAGCGGCGGUGGCCACGUCAUCACGCCUCCCUCACGUAUGUCCUCACCGCCACCACAUCUCCCAUGAUGCACCUCUGCGCAAAAAACAGUGAGCCCCAUGAGGUACAUCUCUGGAAAUUCAUUCCAUCCUACAAAUGCGGAUCAACAGUCCAAUCACAAGACUCGGAUAUGCUGAAGCAAAUGCUCACCGCUAUUAACUUGCCAUCAGUGACCUCUCUUUCGAUGCGCGUCUCUUUGCUGUCCCAGGUCUGCUUCUGCACGAGUUUGCCGUUCUCCAAGCUGACGACGCUCUGCGCACAAGAGCGAGUCAUUCAGGUCAGCGGACGAAAAUCAACAGAGAAAGGCAAGGCGAGUGUGGGAUUCGAACCCGCGUCUUCCUGUCGUCGGCGGUGGUCUCUUCGAAGGGCUCGUCGAGCUUGAACUUAAUCUCGGACGUCUUGAACGUGCUGUGCGUCUUCAUGCUGAUGGCGCCCCGGUCGUCCACUGUCACGAUCAAGUUGGGCUUGGUACGGUUGCCCACCUGCCGGAUGGCGAAGCCGACACCUGCGCGCCACCACGAGCACACGCCUUGGCUUGGGGGUCCUUGGACGUGCACCUAGCCUGGAAGGCGCUGAGCAUCUCGCUGC